ACCUACAGCCACAGACCACCAGCUCUGCCCAGCAGACAUCAGAGGAUGAAGCUGCUCACCAGCCUGUUCUUCUGCUCCCUGCUCCUGGGCGUCUGCAAUGGAGGGUGGUUUUCAUUUAUCGGUGAGGCUUUCCAAGGGGCUGGGGACAUGUUGCGAGCCUACUCUGACAUGAAAGAGGCCAACUGGAAAAACUCAGACAAAUACUUCCAUGCUCGGGGGAACUAUGAUGCUGCCCAAAGGGGUCCUGGGGGAGUCUGGGCUGCUGAGAAAAUCAGUGAUGCAAGAGAGGGCCUUCAAAGUUUCUUUGGCAGAGGACACGAGGACACCAUGGCUGACCAGGAAGCCAACAGACAUGGCCGCAGUGGCAAGGACCCCAAUCACUACAGACCUGCUGGCCUGCCUGACAAAUACUGAACAUCCUCCUUUCUGCCUCAGGGGGCUGUGCUGUGGGGCCUGUGGGCAGGGUCUGGGCUUCUUCAUACCUAGGAACACUGAAGUUGCUUUUUGGGAAAACACAACAUAGAUCUCACACGUGUAUCAAGCAGGUGUGUCAGAACUGUCACUCCUGCAGUAGCAACCACUUGCUUGAGGAGAGGGCAAUAAACAGGAACUUGGAAG